AUGAAUGAAGACAAGUUGAUUUUUCCUGAGCACCCAGGUGGCAAAAUGCAGGGUGUAAUUUCUUCCUCUUCAGUUUCUGUCCCAAAAAAAGCUUCCCACCAUGAUGAUGAACUCUUCAUGCAGCAGAGGGUGCUCUUUUCAGAGAAUCUGAAUGAACUGAAGAAUAUGAGGAAACAGUUGUACUCAGCAGCUGAAUAUUUCGAAAUGUCUUACAGCAAAGAGGACCAAAAACAAUUAGUGAUGGAGGCCUUGAAGGAUUAUGUCCUCAAAACAGUUGUCAAUGCUGUGGAUCACUUGGGUUCAAUGGCUUAUAAGGUCAAUGGAUUUUUGGAUGAAAAUGUCAAUCAAGUCUCAGAAACUGGGCUUAGGUUGUCUUGCAUUGAACAGUCUGCAUUGAGACAAAGUGCUGAAGAGGAUUUGAAUGAGAUUAGUACAGCAACAACAAUGAAGGAGAUUGCUCCAACAAUUGUCAGUGAAGAGCCUUUUGCAUCACACUCUGCUCAACCUUCACCUGGAGCAUUUCAGUUCACAAGAAUUUCAUCCAAACUUGAGAAAAGAACGGUCUCACCGCAUCGGUUUCCACUUCCACGUUGUGGCUCUCUUGUUAAGAGAUCAAGCACUAUGAACUCUUCUUCUACUGUCAAACAGCGGUACGUCUCGGAGCCCCGAACCAGGAGAACAAUUUCAUUGCCUCUUCAUGCUGAAAGAGACACGACCAAAGACAGUGAUCAGCACUCAGGCAAACAUAAACGUCUGUUUAAGGCCUUGCUUAGCAUGCGCAAGUUUAGAAAGGAUGCCACAUUGUACAAAUAUUUGGAUGAAAAUUAA